AUGGAAGUCGCCGAGCUUCUCAAGAAAGGCUACCUAAGGGAGUUCCUCUCAGACAAGGCCAAGAACCUUAUGAAUAAGGAAGGUCCCGGUCUCCCUACCGAAGCAGCUCCCGCAUUGCCACCACAGCAAGACCGGGUGAUCCAUGUCAUCUCAGGCGGAUCGGAAGUAAGCGGAAUCAGUAGUGCCUCUGCCAAGAGAAGUACUCGCAACGCUAGGAAUGGCCAAGAAGCCGAGGGUCCUAAGCACCUGCUCUUCGGAACAGACGAGAUCAGCUUCACCGCGAGGCAGCAGGAAAGGGUCCUAGCUCCUCUUCAUGACGCCCUUGUCAUUUCACUUACCAUAGCGAACUGCUUGGUCAAGCGAAUAUUGGUAGACAAUGGAAGCUCCAGCAAAAUUAUCUUCCAUUCGGCCUUCGCCAACCUAGGGUUGGAACUAGAAAGGCGACUCCCCUUGUAG